AUGGGACAGACGCUGUCUCAGCCGAUAGUCAAGAAGGAGUCCGACGAAGGCGAAGAUGAGUGCGUGGUGUACGGCGUCUCCGCGAUGCAGGGAUGGAGAAUCGCCAUGGAAGACGCCCAUGCUGCCGUGCUAGACCUCCAGGCGAGAUACUCUGACCUCGACAAGAGCAGUGCUGGCGGUGCUGGUGCCGCUGCCGGUGGGACGCCGGCGGACAAGCGGCUGUCCUUCUUUGGCGUGUACGAUGGCCAUGGCGGGGAGCAGAUGGCCCUCUAUGCGGGAGAGAACGUCCACCGCAUCGUCGCCCGGCAGGAGUCCUUUGCCAGGGGAGACAUCGAGCAGGCUCUCAGGGACGGCUUUCUCGCUACUGACCGGGCCAUCCUAGAGGACCCUCAGUAUGAGAAUGAAAUCUCUGGCUGCACAGCGUCAGUGGCCAUAAUCUCAAGAGACAAGAUCAGAGUGGCCAAUGCGGGAGACUCAAGAUCCGUCCUCGGCGUCAAGGGACGGGCCAAACCGCUCUCCUUUGACCACAAACCACAGAACGAGGGAGAAAAAGCGCGGAUAAGUGCUGCCGGAGGUUUCGUCGACUUUGGCAGAGUCAAUGGCAACCUCGCCCUCUCCAGAGCCCUGGGCGACUUUGAAUUCAAGCGUGCCGCAGACCUCUCCCCCGAACAGCAGAUUGUCACUGCCAACCCGGACGUCACAACCCACGAAGUCACCGAAGACGACGAGUUUCUCGUCAUUGCCUGUGACGGAAUAUGGGACUGCCAGUCGUCGCAGGCGGUGGUGGAGUUUGUCAGAAGAGCCAUUGCGACCAAGCAGGAGCUACAUCGCAUCUCCAGCUUCCGUGGCCCAGGCGUGCGUCCCCAGUUCAACGAGGGCUCAGAGUACGACUCCGCGGGUCCAACCGGCCGGUCAGGCAGAAUCAUCCUGCUGGGCGACGGCACAGAGGUGCUGACUGACAUGGGCGACGAAGACAUGUUUGACAGCGCAGACGAAGACAAGGACCUAGAGAGCCAGGUCCGGAGAACGACCGAUGCAGACGCUAAUGCUGAUGCUGAUGCCGAUGCUGACGGUGCCAGCAAGACCAAGCCCAGCGAUCCCGAGACGGAGCGGAGGCAGCGGGAGGGCACACCCGGUCCUCAGCCGGGCACAGGUACAUCCACUGCUGCUGCUGCUGCUGCUGCCAGUUCUACUAACUCGGCUUCUGUUUCAACGUCAGCUACGUCUGCGCCCAUCGACGCUCUGACCGAAUCUCCGCGUGUCAUCUCAGCCUCCCCCUUACCAACAGCCGACUCCUCCCCGAACUCCGUCUCAGAGACCAAGCGGUCGUCGUAG